CAGCAGCAGCAGCAGCAACAGCAGCGGAUGGUACAGAUUCGGCUUCGGUUACCAGCCUGAAACCGAGAUUUGUUACUUCAUUCUGUGUUUAUGUGAAACAAAAGGUGACAUUGUCUCGUAUGGAAUGACAACCUCACAGAGAUAUAUUGAAUCCAAACCAGCGGCUCGGUUUGCUGACAUGGAGUGGCAAACACCAGCUGUGUCAGAGAAGUUCCAAAGCCGUUUUGGCCGCCGUCCUGGAACAUCGGACAGUGGGGACACUGGUCUUGGCACCUCAGCAUCUGACAGCACAGAAGAUUUCUGCAGUUCCAGCAGCAGCCCCUCUUUCCAACCAAUCCGCAGUCAGAUCCCCAUUCCCACUGCACAUGUCAUGCCAUCCACGGCCGGAUCCCCGGCCUCUAAGCCCCAGUCAUGUGUCCAGGAGGAUGGCCUGUCCUCACUUGAGGGUCACAGGUCUUCCUCUGGCUCCAGAACUCCAAGUGGCUCCACCUCGAAGUCUUCCUCUCUUUCCAAAUCAGCAUCUUCACCCAACUUGGAUGCUCAGGCCGGUGUGGGAGUUGAUCCUGUGGGGCCAAAGCCAGACUGCCUGAGCCGCUACCGCAGCCUUGUAAAUGGGCUGGACCAUUCGCUUUUCCCCUCAGAUCACACACGGUUAGAUGAGGGCCAGAGGUUUGACACUCCUGCUGUGGAACCUACUCUAAAUCAGUCAGCCCUGUUGGGGGGGUUAUGCCCUGAUGUCAGACUCCGAUUACAGGCGAGCGGGAUUAGAGACAACCCAGACUGUGUGUCUGACGCCUACAGAGCAGGCAUGGAGCACAGCUAUAAGGUUCUGCCUGAAGCUAGGCCUGGGGUUCCCGGCACAGCAGAAACCUCUAAUCAGAGGGGCAGUCAGCCUGGUGCAGCUGGAUCCACUGGAGUUUAUGCAAGCCCUCUCAGCCUGCAGACACAGGCUCUGCUGAGGGAGCAUACAGGCUCCAUGGGUUAUGAGCCACUGCGGCAGGACAGAUGUAGUGAACUAUCCAGCUGGCAGCAACAACAGCAACACAAGCAGCAACUGGAGAGUUUACGCUUGCAAGUGGAACAAAUGCAGUUAAUGAGUGCUGGAGUGGGUCAGUACCCAUCUCUGUACUCAAACCCUGUUCACUCAGACUCUGGCAAGUGGGAUGCUCUGGUGAAAGCCAGUGAGAGUCUGUUAAAGGAGAAGGAGCUUAUCAUCGAGAGACAAAAGCAGCAUAUGGCCCAAUUAGAGCAGCGUCUGAGGGAAAGUGAGCUGCAGGUCCAUGGAGCCCUCUUGGGCCGCGGGGCUUCUUAUGGGGAUAUGUGCAUGCUGCGGCUACAGGAGGCUCAGAGAGAGAAUGCCUUCCUGAGGGCACAGUUUACUGAGCGCACAGACUGCGCUGCCCUGGAGAAAGCAGAGGCAGAGCGCAGACUGGGAGCAGUUGAAGCAGAGACACGCCGACUAACUGACAGUCUGAAGGAGACCUGUGAGAGACAUGCAGAGGAGAUGAAGAAACAGGAAGAGAGGAUCCGCAGUCGAGACAAGCACAUCAACAACCUGAAGAAGAAGUGUCAGAAGGAGGCAGAGCUGAAGAGAGAGAACCAGCAGCGUAUUGAGACUCUGGAGCGCUAUCUAGCUGACUUGCCCACGUUGGAGGACUACCAGAGCCAGAACAAGCAGCUCCUGGAGGCUGAACAGCAGGCAGCCAAACUACAGGAGAAAGUAAAAGAAUUGGAGCUCUGUCUAGAGACGACACACUCACAACUACGGGAGAAAGAUGCCCAGCUGGAGGAGCAGAAACGCAGGGAGAGAGACCUGCUGACCACGAUUACUGAUAUGCAGCAGCGGGUGCAGCAGGGCCUUGAGGAUGGAGCCAGACUGCCUUCUCUGGAUAUUGAGAAGCUCAGAGUAGAGAACAACACUUUAAGGGAGGAACAGCAAAGACUCAAAAAGGUUAUUGAGAAGCAACACCGAAUGAUGGAACAGCUUGGCUCCCAAAUCCAGGCUUUGGAGGAGCAGAUAUCUCAGGAAGAGAGCAGCUCUCAGGCUCUCAGAGAAGAGGUGUUGGCCAAAGAGCAGAAUGUGUUAGAGCUCCACACAGCCAUGAAGGAGCUGUCAGCCCAGAACCAGGAACUGAUGGAGCAGAACCUGACUCUGCAGGAGCAGAUGAGUGAUCCAGAGCAGAGGAGCACUAACCAGGCCUCCUCUGCCCUGCAGCCAGCCGGGGCUCGUCUCACACAGAGGCUUCAUGUAGAGAUCGCCUCUUGCCUCAGUGACCUGCGCUCACUGUGCAGCAUCCUGACUCAGAGAGCUCAAGGACAAGACCCCAACCUCUCCCUGCUACUCGGCCUCACAUCACCACCACCAGUGGCAGAGCAGGACGAGGACUGGAUGAGUCCAGAGGUGCUUCAGAAGAAACUCGUCGAAGCUCAACAGCUCCGUCGAGAUGUUGAGGAACUACGUAAUGUAAUACUGGACCGUUAUGCACAGGACAUGGGAGAAAACUGCAUCACCCAAUAACUUGCCACCCACCCAGGUGAUGGAGGAAACUUGCAGAAGCCCCAUUUCAUCUCAGAAGCACCUAAAAUGGGCCGAGUAACUGAAUGUCAGAAAGAGGACUGGAUUUUAAUUUUCUUAAAAUUAGGACAGAGGAAAGCCCAAAUGGUUUAGCUUCUGCUUCUCUCGACUGACUGAACGUUGAAUCUCAAGCCUGCCUGUAGCUCAGAACCCUCCCAACCCCCCCGGUGAGUUCAUCUAUUUCUGUCCAAGGGCUAACAGAAAAUAACUUACCUCUAAUACUUGAUCCUUAAAGCAUUGUGUGUGUGUUUAUUGUUUUUUUUUAAUAAUAAUGACAUGAUACUGUCAGUUACCAAACAGUCUUAUACUUUUUGUUCCACUCUAGUGGAAAACUAUUUGUGUAGAAGUCCCACAUAUGUAAUUUAUUUAAAUCUUAAUUUCCCUCCUGAGGGGAAUUAUCCAAGAAAUGGUUGACAAUCAACUGAAAAUAUUUUAACCUGUGCUUUUAACUGAAUUCACAAGGAAAUGUUACUAACAUGCCAUUAUUUAAAAUGGUGAAAACUGUAACAUUAGACUCAGCUGUGAGGUGUCAGACUUAACAACUGAACGGUUUAAUACCAAAUCAGCUUCUCACACCAACAGGCCUACAUCAGUUUUACUACCAAAGAAAACUCUGGUCGGGGCAGUUGUGCAAGUCUAAGAAUGUUUGUGAAUGCUCCUCUCUGCUGCAGGCCUCGUUCUGAAUGAAAACCAACACGUGCCUUUCUGUAAGUUUGCAACCACAAUGCUAAUUCAUUUUAGACCAACCACAAAGGGCUGUUUGCAGCGGACUCUUCCAAUAUGACGUUUCUCUCAGUGUGUCAACCAGUAGGAUUGUCAAUACAUUCCCUGACUCUGAAUGUAGCAGAUAACUGUGGGCCGCGUCACAGAGCUCGUGGAGGCUCCUACACUGUUUUUGUUCCUGGUAGAUAAAUGAAGUCAAGUCAAAUUUAUUAGUCUGGGUGAUCUUUGUAGAAUCUGCUCUGUGUAGAGGAAUAACUUCACAGUAUACUGUACAUUUCAGUCGAUAACGGCUUCGACAGAGUGGUUAAGUGUUUGAUAAAUGUAUGCCUGAGAUACAGUAUUAAUCUUCAGUAUUAUUUAUUUUUUUUGUUUGCAUUGACAACUCGGUGUGAAAGCGUUUUGGGUCCUCCUAAUGUGUUGCUGUAAUAAUGUGCUAAUGUUGUUUUAGCAAACAACAACAACAAUGUGUAAAGGUCCCAUGAAGUGGCUUUUAGAUUAUUUUCUUCUGUGGUGUUUAAUAUGAGAUGGGCCAGGCUAUAUUCGGCCAGGCAGCAGUCACUGAGGAUAAUUAGCUCUUCAGGUUUUAAUCCCACGUGGCAGUGAUGACGGGAGGGGUUGGCUGGAUCACCCCUAAAUCACUGAUCACAUUGAAGUCAAUGGAAUUUUAUAUUUGCCGUGAGUGCAGGAUAAGCCAUUUAAAAAAACUCGACACUUUACACAAAGAGUAAGGGAUUUUAAUAUAAAAAUAUGCAACAAUGACUUUUUGACAAAUUAAACUGAACAACACACCCAGGGACACAAGCCAUUUUUCAUUUCAUGGGACCUUUAACCUCGUGUAGCACAAGAUUUAUCUUUGGAAAAGUCAGGUUCCGCAUGCCUUAACAUCUCAAAUGUUUUGCGAAAGGGAAAAAGAUGUUUAUAUUUUCAUACCUUUGUCCUUGUUUGUAUUUGCAUAUUUUAGAAAUAAA